CCCAUGCCGGGCUCCCCUCACGGAGGAUGCACACCCGCACUACAACUCCCGGCGUGCCCCGGGGCCGCCGCCAUAUUCCCGUGCCCAGCCCCUCGGGGCGCCGCCAUGUUCCCGCGCUCCCGCCCCCUCAGGGGUCGCCGCCAUUUUUCGCCGCCGCCGACGCGAUGCCGGAGGAUCACGACUGGAAGGCGUACAAGGUGCCGCCGACCCGCACCCCCGUCUCCGAGAGGACCACCUCGGUGCCCAACCCCGUCGACUACUUCCAGAGCGCCUUCAACUAUGUCCUCGACACGCCCGUCACCUUCAUCCGAGACUGGAUCGCACGGUGGCAGAACAGGAACAAGUUCUACUACUACCACCAGAAGUUCCGCCGUGUGCCCGACCUGAGCCAGUGCCUGGAGGGAGACUACCUGUGCUACUAUGAGGCUGAGGCUCAGUGGAGGAGGGACAGGAUGGUUGAUCAGGAGAUCGUGGAGAUAGUGCGGGAAAGGAUGGCUGCGUGCAAGCAGAGGGAAGGGCCCAACCAGUUCCAGAACUGUGCCAAGGAGAUGGAGCUGUUGGCACAGGUCACCAAGGCCUACCAGGACAGAUACGGGGAUCUGGGCUUCCAUGGCAAUGCACGGACAUGCCUGAUGAAGCAGAAGCACAGGAUGAUGGAGGAGAGGAAAGCAGCACAAGAAAAUCCAUGCUCUCCAGGCACUGGCUCAGGUCGGCCCUGAAACAGUUCCUCCCUCCAUGGUGCUGGUAUCCCAAAGUGCAUGUUGCUUCCUUGGCCUCCACAAUAAACAGAC